AUGGCCGCCGGUUCCUCCACCCAGGAGUGCGCCUCCUGCUUUGACACCGCGCCGCUCUCUCCGCUCUGCGCGUCGUCCGCCCACGGCUUGUGCGCCGAGUGCUGCUGGCGGUGUUGCGAGUCGUCUCUCGGCGAGGGCCUCGUGCCAGCGUGUCCAUUCAAGGACCAGAAAUGCGGCGCGGUGAGCAAGCGUAGGGCAUUGACGGCGCUCGACGCCGCUCAGCUGCCUCCGAGCCAGCGCGAGACCUUCGCAUCCAAGCUCGACGAAGUCUACCUGGGCGCCGAGCGCGCGCGGCGAGGCGCGGUCCAGUGCAUCGGCAAGGGCUGCGAGGAGUGGUACGUCCCUCCCGUGCCGCACUCGGACCGGCCGCAGCGCCUCGAGUGCUCCAGGCGCGCAUGCGGCGCCGUCUUCUGCAGCGCCUGCCGCCAGCCCUUCCACGUGCGGUCGACGUGCGCCGAGGCGCUCCGGCUGAGCGCGCGCUGGGUCCGCUUCCUGCAGGACGAGCUCGCCCCCUUCCUGCAGGCAGCGGUGCGGCUCGACGGAGAGCGGUGGAGCCCGGCGCUUGCGGCGCACGCGCAGGCCAAGGGCUCGCUCGACGACGCGACGCGCGACGCGCUCUCUCGCUUCGACGAGCUGCGCAGGAUGGAGCUGUGGAAGCAGGCGCACUGCAAGCGCUGCCCGCACUGCCGCCGCGUCGUCGAAAAGAUGGAGGGGUGCGACAUGCUCGUCUGCGGCAGCGACGCGCACGGCGGCAACCAGCAGCGGGGCUGCGGCAAGCCGUUUGUCUGGUGUGAGGGCCAGCCCAACUCUGCGCUCAACGGCUGCGACGAUCCCGUCGUGGGCCCGCGGCUGCAGUGCGUGCAGUGCGAGGUGCCAGUGGAGCUGUGCGUCAAGUGCGUCGCGUGGGCGGGUGGAGGCAGCCGCAGGCUGCAGCUGCACGAUGGUCGCACCCACCCGCGGCAGCACAUCUUCCGCCGGGUGCGCCCUGUCAUGAGCCACGGGGGCGCCUCCUCGGCCCUCGCGCCCGGCGAGGACCUCGUCGAGGUCAUCGACUUGGACGAAGAGUGA